UCAAACCAUCCUGAUUCGUACUUUUCACCGUUCUCAAUCAAGAAUUGUCCAGUUUUUUGCCCCCGUCAGCUGAUCCCACCUCCAAGAUAUCGAAGAUGCAAGGCCAGAGAAACAAACAGAAACUUGUGAUGCGGAAAAUGUGCCCGAAUUUCGAUCGUGAAGACUUCCUGGAGACGGUGCUGGACGUACCCGUCCCGGAGGAGAUGUUCUCCGGAUUGGGCAAUUCUGUGGCGUUGCGGUGGCAGGCCAUGGCUGCUUGGAUGAAGGCUCAAACUACCGACAAGUUGGCGUCGCCAAUCGUCGCCACCCGGUACAACGAAAUGAGCUUUCUUCUGUACAUUGUGGGAUCUCCUCUUCUGCCUUUCCAGGUCCAGGUCGAUCGAUUCAACCAACGUGCCGUCAAGCAUUCUUCCAUUGAAGCUUCAACAGCCAAAUACAUUGUACAACAAUACAUAGCAGCAACGGGAGGGCAGCCGCCCUUGAACGCGCUGAAUAGCAUGUGUGUGAUCGGACAGACAAAGAUUAAUUCAUCUGAGUUUCAUCAAGGUGACGAAAACGUUAAGGUGAGGAGCAAAGAUGAAGCUGGAGGUUUCGUGAUAUGGCAGAAGAAUCCUGAUUUCUGGUGUCUAGAGUUGCAAAUUUCCGGGUGCAAGGUCAUUGCAGGGAGCAACGGUAAGAUUUCCUGGAGGCAAUCUUCCAACCAACAGAGACCAAUCUGUAGGGGACCUCCCAGACCUUUGCGCAGAUUCUUACAGGGCCUUGAUCCCCGAGCAACAGCCAAUCUAUUCAUAGAUGCAGUAUGCAUAGGCGAAAAGAUCAUAAACGACGAGGACUGCUUCAUACUGAAGCUAGACGCAAGCCAGUCGAUCCUGGAGGCACAGAGUGGCCCAAAAUUUGAAAUUAUUCACCACACAAUCUGGGGGUAUUUCAGCCAGAGAUCAGGGCUCCUAGUUAAGUUCGAGGAUUCCAGGUUGCUUUCGGUGAAAACAAACAAAGAGGACGGUGAUGUCUUCUGGGAAACGAGCUCUGAAUCUGUGAUCGAAGACUAUAAAUAUGUUGAUGGUGUAAACAUCGCGCAUGGUGGGAAGACAUGUUUCACGGUUUUCAGAUACGGGGAGCAUUCAGCAAACCACAAGAGGGAGCUGCAAGAAUCCUGGAAAAUUGAAGAGGUAGAUUUUAACAUUCAGGGAUUGAAACCAGAGUUCUUUAUGCCUCCCACGGAAUUUCACAAGAAAUGAGAGCAGAAUUAAGAGGGAGAUUGAGGUGGGUAUGGGUAGUGUUAUAGUAGAG